AUGUCCGGGGUGGUGCGGACCCUGAGCCGCUGCCUGCUGCCGGCCGAGGCCGGCGGGGCCCGCGAGCGCAGGGCGGGCGGCAGCGGGGCCCGCGACGCGGAGCGCGAGGCGCGGCGGCGCAGCCGGGACAUCGACGCGGGGCUGGCCCGCGAGCGGCGCGCCGUGCGGCGCCUGGUCAAGAUCCUGCUGCUGGGCGCGGGCGAGAGCGGCAAGUCCACCUUCCUCAAGCAGAUGCGCAUCAUCCACGGCCGUGAGUUCGACCAGAAGGCGUUGCUCGAGUUCCGCGACACCAUCUUCGACAACAUCCUGAAGGGCUCAAGGGUUCUUGUUGAUGCACGAGACAAGCUUGGUAUUCCUUGGCAGUAUUCUGAAAAUGAAAAGCAUGGGAUGUUCUUAAUGGCCUUUGAGAACAAAGCAGGGCUGCCUGUGGAGCCUGCCACCUUCCAGCUCUAUGUGCCUGCCCUGAGUGCACUCUGGAGGGAUUCCGGGAUCAGGGAAGCUUUCAGCCGGAGGAGCGAGUUCCAACUGGGUGAAUCAGUGAAGUACUUCCUGGAUAACUUGGACCGGAUCGGCCAACUGAAUUACUUUCCUAGUAAGCAAGACAUCCUGCUGGCAAGGAAAGCCACCAAGGGAAUUGUGGAACAUGACUUCGUUAUUAAAAAGAUCCCUUUUAAGAUGGUGGAUGUGGGUGGCCAGCGCUCUCAGCGCCAGAAGUGGUUCCAGUGCUUUGAUGGAAUCACCUCAAUCCUAUUCAUGGUCUCCUCCAGCGAGUAUGACCAGGUCCUCAUGGAGGACAGACGUACCAACCGGCUGGUGGAGUCCAUGAACAUCUUUGAAACAAUAGUCAACAACAAGCUCUUCUUCAAUGUCUCCAUCAUUCUGUUCCUCAACAAGAUGGACCUCCUAGUGGAGAAGGUGAAGACUGUCAGCAUCAAGAAGCACUUCCCGGAUUUCAAGGGUGACCCUCACAGGCUGGAGGACGUUCAGCGAUACUUGGUCCAGUGUUUCGACCGGAAGAGACGGAAUCGCAGCAAGCCACUCUUCCACCACUUCACCACCGCCAUAGACACGGAAAACAUCCGCUUUGUGUUCCAUGCUGUGAAGGACACCAUCCUGCAAGAGAAUCUGAAAGAUAUCAUGUUGCAGUGAAAGAGGAUGCCCCCUGCUAUUGUCGUCCUCACAUGCCUUCAAGGCCAUUGGUCAGAUAUCCCUGGCGUCUCUUGCCAUCAGGUCUUGCAGGGGUUUCUCAGAUCUGUGCCAUCCAACAUCUGGCUCGGGAAUGCUGUCUAGUCAGCCACGCCAAAGCGCUCCAGGCAAAAGGACAAGGAAACUUUGAAGUUAGCUACUGAAUCCUGGGGACUAGUGAAACUACUGAAAAUCCAAGGGAUCACUCUGGUAUUAACUUGUAAUACCUAAUAACACAGCUUUCUUUCUUUUUACAGAAACUUUAUUCUUUUCUGACACCAUUUAAUCAAGGAUUGUGUGUGUGUGCACGCGUACGCUGUCUUUAAUGACAAAAACCAGCCAGCCUUGCAGAUGGCUUUUCUCUCUAACUUGCAAGUCUUCAGUAAGACAGACUAACCUGAGAACUUUGACCGUAGUUUGUAGGAGAUGAAAUGCAGGCUGAUGCUACUGAACUCGGUGCCCAAGCCCGGCCUGAGCCUCACCCUGGUGUCUCAGUGCCACCUCCCAAAGUGAACACGUUGCCUUUUAAAACUCUUGUGCCAAUUUCCAGAGAGACCCUGGCCCAGGCAUUUUAGAUUAAGCUAAGGGCCCCCAGCUUUAGUGGGUGGCAUCAUGAGCUCUAAGGGUGUGGACCUGCCUUAAUGCCCCCACGAUGUGUGCUGUCUUCCUGCCUUGUCAGAUUGCCCAGCAGUACAACCCAGAGUGGAAGUGUGGGACGGGCACUGACAGUGAAUGUUCCUCUACUAUAGGCACACAGUGGGGCUAUCCGCCCCACACCCACCCUGCCCCCACCCAUGGCAGACAUAAAGCCACCUGGCCGCACAGGUGACCUUCCUGUCUUACAAGUCAUCUUCUGAUGCCCACUGUUGGCUGCAUUAGUGUUUCCUUAUUUUGGAAAUAGCAAUGCUUUUCCUAUUUCUCUCAGGGGCUUCUGAAAGCUGGCAAGAUUACUGGCAGAGCUUUUGUUAAUGCCACAGCUGCUUGGUGAGUCCUAAUAGCUGACCUUUCAGCAAGUUCACAGACCGAAGAAAUCUCAGUUUCUCCAAACUGCCACUACACCUGAUGCCUUUGGACAGCUGGUCCCUGUCUUCAGUCCUCCCUUCAAUCUUGAUUCCUGUUGUAGUCUCUCGCUUCUGUUAUGCACACAUACCAAGUAACUAUCUGCCAUGGCUUUCGGGACAGGGAGACCACAGAAGGCUAUGAUGCUGAUGUGUAUGGUCCAUGUUACACUCAGUUAUCUUGUCCAGUUACCUGCCAGAUGUCUUUCCUUGUGUUUAAAAAUACAUUGCAUUCCAAACUGCUCCUCAUUGUGUAUUCCUGUUCUAAAAAAAAAAAAAAAAAAAGUCUGUCCUCUAUGUUUAGGACUUUUUCUAGCAUUUAAAAAGAAGCAAGAUCUCCCUCUGUAGCUGGCACCAGAAUGUUACUAUAGGUUGACAACACAUCCAAGGGCCCUAUCCUCAGGCCGCACUGUUCCCCAUCUCUCAGUUCAUUUUCAGCAAGCCAGAUAAGCAUAGAUCUUGUGCAGAUAUCCGGAAGGAAAGGAGGGAAGCCCUGCUUCUGAGUCAUCCUUAUUAUCACCGUGUGUUUAAUGAGGAGACAACAUGAAAUUCUCUUUCUCUUUCGGUGCUCAAGACUUUGUGUCAUGUUUGCUGGAAAGAAGUUGGGGUUUUUGUCCUGCUUCCUGUUGCUCUUCAUAAACUGAAAGGACAUGACCCAGGAUUGGUGCCAUGGCCACUGUUUAAAGGAGAAAGAACACUCUUGACGGGCUCCAUCAGGGCGGCCUAAGACCAUGUCUUCUACUGCCCUGACCCAGACUGUGCGGCCUCUCAUCUCCUGGUCAGUUUUCUCUCGUAGAAGUUUGGGAGGAUUUAAGGCUGUUCCUCCCCAAGUAGGGAUCUUCAGCGUUCUGGAGGGGAUUCUCUCCAUUGUGGCUGACAUAACCAAUGAGGUUGUGGGAACUGCCUUCCUGAUGUGUUUGGAAGCCUCUUCAGUGAGUGCUUUUUCCCCUUUAAACUGAUUUACUUGCUGUCCAAACUGGAAGCACAUAUGUAGAGAGAUCACAACUGUUGAACUGACCAGGCAGGGGGCAGGGUGGCUCUGACACGCAGCCUCUGAUGCCACUCCCUUCCUGGGCCUGGGCCUCCUGCUCACCAGACCAGACAAAAUGGAGUCUUUAAAGGUGCCAGGCUCCAAGUUCUGUGACCCUUGACUCAGAGAAGAUGCCCAUUUGCAAGGCUAAACUAAAACCAUUUACAACUUUUCUGCACACAGAUGGUAGUCAUUAUCUCCCAAACCUUAGGCUUUUGUAUUUUUUAUUUUAAUUUCACUGUUGUCUUUUUUAUCAACGUGUUGGAGAAGCAGGAGAUAGUGGGCCUGAUCUAUCAAUAUUAUUGCAAAAAUGUAACAAUAAACUUCCUCGGUAUACAUAUUUUCCUCAUAGUUAUACUGUUUACACAUGAGAACACAUGUAGGUUUUUUUACUGAAAUUUUUUUUAACUCUUCUUGUAGAGAGAGAAAUUGUUUCAAAGAUUUCAAGUUAGAGCUUUGUAAUUUAUAGAGAUUUCUAGAAAUCUUUUCUUGUAAUUUUUUUUUUUUUUUUUUUUUUUUUUUUUUUUACUUCUUACUCCAAGAUCAGAAAAUAAUCUUGAAACAAGAUGACUUACUAACUCGGGGGUCCUGGGGAUCUCUAAUUCGGUAUUAAAGAUAAAGGUACCAUGAGGAGAGCCGCCCAGAGAACUGCUCACGGUUUAUACUUUGUGCGCUGUAGUGGCCUUGGCUGGGAGGAUCUGAUUUGAUGGUUUGACUGCCUUCAGUCUCUAGAUGGUCAUUAAAAUAAAUCCCUAGUUUUUCUUUGCUUAAUGUAAAUAUCACUCAGCAUUCAAAACCAACACUAAUUUUUUAGUCCCAAAAAUUCAGAGCAAAUAACUCUAAUCUUAAUUUUACCUGAAGGGUCAUGAUUUGUUAACCAGUUUUUAUCUCCACAUGCUACACAGAGCCUGACACACAGGAGAGCUGUCAUAAAUAACUGUUUUGCAUGGAAGUCUCUGGAACACAGCUUCAGAACAGGUGAUGGAGGCAUACACGCGUAAAGACACGCGUGUGUGGGGGAGAGAUUGGGAAAGGCCCAAGGAGGGGGACCCACGGACUGACAUUUGACAUGUCCAGAGACCCGGAAGAAAACCCAAGGGUACAGUGGGGUGGGAGAUCCUGUCAGCACAACCCUUGGGGUUUUUGUCCCAGUCACAAAAUGGAGAAAUCACCAUGAAGGACUUCCAGCUGUUGGCACGGUCUGUGGCACUCAGGAUUCUCUCCUAGAAGGAGGAGUGCGUGUGUUGUCCAGGGAACACCACCUGGUAGGGCAUGGUGGUGUACACUGCGGUGCGGGGCUGAAAAUGACCACGGUGGGAAAGUCAGAAAUCCCUCCAGAAAGUGUCAGCAAUGGGCACAUCACACGCCUCAUCGUCCAUGGCAGUGGGCUAAGCACUUUGUCCAGUUUCUACACUUAGGAAAAUUGAACCAAAGGGUGAUUCUCAGUCCUGCCCCAACGUUGGGUCCCUGGGGGUCUUUGGAAAGUGCCUGGAUCCCAGCUGUUCAGGAGGUUGUGUUCUGCAACAGAAGGAGAGGGUGGACAGUGUGGGCAGCGUUCCCGAUCCAUGAAAUUCUAUUUAGUCUUCCCCUCACUGGCAGCAACCUGCCUUGAGAAGACACAGCAAAGGGUGGUGAUUUGAGUGAGGUCGUCUCACUUGGUCUCUCGAGACCAGUGGGCAGUCCUUUCAGAUCUUUUUGGUCCCUCUUUCUCUGUCAUGUUCAUCAGAUGUGCUCAGCAACCUCACGCUAAAAUGAUUCCUGGAAAUUUAGGAGGUUUCACUGAAGAAAAAGCCUAUAUUAAGGCUUACUUCAUUUCCACAGCAGACCAGGGAUAGAUGUUCCUUACACAUGUGAUUCUGGGGCCUCAACGACAGUGAGGCACAAUCCUGCCCCCUGUUUUGGUGUGUUGGAAGCGCAUCUGCAGCUGAGAGGGCCGAGGGCUCAGCACCCACUGAUGGGAGGGUUUUACCAACUCUGACUUCAGCUCCUUCUGUGAGAAGUGUGUUGGGCCCUGAAGAGAAAGGUGUGGCAUCCCUCAAAGAAGAGGUGUUUCCUUAGCUCAGUUCGGAGGUUCAGAUGCUGACAUGUGCUGUGUGAAUGGCCCUUCUGGGCACAUGACUUUGCAGGACUGUGCAGGGUCACAGGCCUAUUUUGGAGCCUGUUCCUGCCUUCUGAGUGGCUGAGGGAGGACUUGAGCCACUAGAGGCUGCUUUUGUGGGUCUCUACUCUUUUGCAACUGGGUCUCUUCCCAUCAGAAUUUGCUAGAACUAGAAGGCUGGUUGCUUCUCAGUAUUUAGGAUGGUCUUUUGAAAUGAGUGGGUUUAACUUCCAUGCUGCUGUUGGUAUCUCUUCAGGUGAAAACUUACUACAAAGCACAAAAGGUUACUAAUUGCCAAAGCACCCCCAGUGCCCUUGUUCUUGCCUGGGUUCAGCCUAAUACAUCUUAUCCAGAGUGGCCCUGGCAGUGAACUGCCUGCCUGCGGUGAUUCUGUUCAUCUUGAUAAUAGGGACCCCCUCAGAGCAAGAGGCUGGAGACGCGAGCACUCAGAGCUAGGCCUUGCAGUCUGUUGAUUUUGCCUCAUCUAUGUCUUGCUGGGCUGGUCCCCAGGAAAGCUGAACUUUCCCGAGGCUAUAAUCCCAGACCACAGGAAACAAGUGGGCGCUCAGAUUUCUGGGCAGGAAGUGUAAUCCUAGGAAUUGGUGUCUGUGAGUAGCACGGCUAGGAAAUGGGGUGACCUCAGAAUAAACCAUGGAAUUCCCGCCCGGAAGGACACACUACACAUGGGACAAUAGCGCGCUCUCCUAGCUGCGCAAGCCACGGUGGAGCUGAGACACAGAAUUGCUCUUAUGUCCAGCGCCAGCCUGCAGCAACUUGUCCCUGCUCACGCCUUUUAUCAGUAUUCACGACACGUCUUAAAAUGUCAUUGUGGGGUUCUUACUAUAAGAGACCCUAAAGACUGCCGCUGAUGGGCAAUAAAUGUGACUGCUGCUCACUUCACAGAAGUAGAAACCUGGCUUGACCUGAAAAGUAGGUUCUGUUUUUUGAGCGGGUCACAGAAGGUAGGUUUUUUUUUUUUUCCUUGAGAUGGUUUUAUGUGUGUGUAACAUGAACUUGAUGAAACGCUAGAGCCGUGCUUUGGGGUUCUUGAAUUAGCCUGCAUUUCCUAGCAGGCGGGCUGGUUAGCAGCGGGGCAGUGUGGGAAGGCACCAGGCUGUGAGUGACUGGGACAGGGCUUCCCUUUUCUGCCCUGUCCUGUUCCAUGAAAAUAAAGGGCUGUUGGUCAGACCUGCCGAUUCGGCACCUUUCUGUGAACACCGAAUUCACUUUAUUUUGUAUUUUUUAAAGCUGAUGUAUUACAGUCAAAUGAACAUAAACCCAGCUAUUCACAGUCAAGGUGGAGUUUCCUGUGGAACUAUGUGUCCCCAACAGGUGGCAGAGCCAGACCAGCUCUGGGGUGUCCUGCUCCUGUCACACACACACACACACACACACACACACACACACACCCCGUUGGCUCUGACUACACAUGUCCUUUGGUAGGAGGGGCUGGAAGUCCAGAUGAGGGUAACUAAGAACUUGACCCUCUCUGAGUAGGGUAUAAACAAGCCCCAUUCUGGUACUUUCUGGGACUAGUACACGGGUGCAUGUCUGCCAACUGAUUGGGGAUGCCUGCCGUGGAAAGGGAGAUUGAAAACGGGUGCUGGGAAGACCUCUGUUGCAAUAGGCAGACAGGGCCAGAGGCUGGUCGGUACUGCCCCCACUGGCCAGGAAUGCUCCAGGUGGCAUGAGGGCCUGCAGAUGGGCUCCUGUUCCUCCAUGCUGGAACUGGCUCCUCUGGAACCUCCCAAAGCCUGGAGGUGACAUGAGAUCUCCUUCCACAACCACCUCUCACUUUGCCUCCCUCAGAAAAGGUCAGUACCAACUGCCCUCAGAGCUCACACAUCUAAGUGACUUUGGGACUCAGGCUGAAAAAUUGAAGCCAACUUGAUCUACAGAUCAGGCUAGCAGAUUCUGCUUGCGGUGGCUCUUUUACUCCCCCAUGCUGUCUGGAUGAGCCUAGACCUCUUCUCCAGAGGCCCCUACAGACAGGUGGACAGCCGUGUCCGGGGGGCGAUGGGGUGAGGCAUAUAUGCGGGAGACACCCAAUGCAGCCUGAGGAAACCUUGGCCAGUCUCUUCAUCACACUGUCCUGUUCAGACUUUACCCAUUGGAGUCUUCAGCAAACCUGGUUAUGAAGAAAUUUAAAAUAGACCUCGAUUGUGCCUGCCCAUCUCUAGAAGCUUCAGCGCCUGUUAUGCAAAUUGAUUUAAAACAUUCCAAGAGGCCUUUCAAGCCAGCGAGCAUUGACGAGUUUAUUAUUCUCUGUUGGCAGAAGCGCAGCCAGGAAGUUCAGUGUUAAUACGCUUGACCUCUGCCCACACCCACUGUGUGCUUAGUUCUCCUGGCAGGCUUUGGUGUGCAGCGGGGGUGCUACCCCGAGGGCCCUGCCGACGAAGGGAGAGGUGGCACUUCAGCUUUAGCAUUCUCUGAGAAGCCAAGCUUUGAACCCUCCUAGGGUCUUUUUACACAUAGAAAGGAAAUUCCAAGAGUCACCGCCAAGGGCUCCAUCACGGGCCCUCCCCUGGAAGUGUCGCCACCGCCCCAAACCCACCUGCAGUGGGCUCGGCCUACACCAGAAGUCUUGCUCUGUGAAUACUGUGUACGGGGUAGAACAUAUGUUACAAAGUGUAAAAAUGUAUUUUAUAGCUACAGUGGUUAGUCUAACAUGGUUUUGUACAUAUGAUUUUUAUAACUCUAUUAAAAUUUGCCUUAAAUUACUUUGUAUUCCUGGUGUGUUGCAUCCUGGCAGAACGCAGCCCCUGCCACCCCAUGGCGGCUGCACUGUGAGGUCUGGUGCCCUUGCUCCCUGAGUGC